AUGGAGCCUGAACCGCCGAUUACCUACAUUUCCCAGCAUUACACCCACUCGAGCCACAUUGCACCUCGAUGGACUCAACCAGUGAUUCAUCUAGAUCAAGCGGGGUUAGCAGAUGUCCUGCAUAGGCAUAGUAUCGACCCUCACAGUCUCCUUCCACAGCAGAUCAAUCUUUUCCAGAAUGCGGAUGAUGAGCAACGGUUGCGGUUGUUGGAGUUAUGGAGGAUUUCGCCGCCGACCGACGUUAGCAUGAACGGGACGGGGGAUUAUGCCGGGGUUCAAUCAACGAGGAUAAACGAUGAGGAAGAAAUGGCACGGUUGCGGUACGAGGGAUAUCCCAAGCCGGGCCAGCUCACGGAUAGAAAAACAUCGGAAACCCGGAAUGGACCGGCGCCGGACAUCGAUCUCAUAGACGGCCAAGGUCAAGGACAUCAUCACGCUGAGCCAUAUAUGAUCUCUGGGUAUGAUUAUCUGGCAAGCCGAGAUUAUGAUAACCAGACGCAGUCCAUGCUGCAAGAGACUACCAAAUACAACCAGGCAACGGACCCGGUAUACAAAGGCCCGGGAAGGGAUAUGCACAAAGGGUGCGUUGAGGACAUGGAAAAUCGGUGGUCAUUCAAUCAAAUGAAGGAGACGGAGGUAUACCACGCACAAGAUCAGGAUCUUGACAUGAUGUAA